UCAAAAAUCUAAAAUCUUGAAUCCAAUAUCACCCAAAAAGCUCCGACAGGCAACAACUUAACCAAAUCACGGCAUCACUUAGAUUUUACUUGACAUUGACAAACCCCCUCCCUCCUUCUUUCUCGUAGAUCCGAUCUCCUCCCCUUUUUUCUCUCUCUCUCCCUCGAAAAUCCCAUUCCUUCUCAAAUCCCUAAUUAUUCUUCUCUCUCUCUCCUCGAUCAGCGAAAUUCGGCGAUUUCCGAAUCGCGCGCGUGAAAUUCGAGCGCUGAUGGAAGGAGAUGAUCGUCAAUGAUUCUGCAUUGAGUAAUGCAGAGCACAAUGAAUUGUUGAGCUGCGCUUCUCUAAGUCGCGCGCCCUCGUUCUCGAGCUGGUGCGAUUUCGAUCGACGAGUUGAAGAAGAACGAGGCCACGGCGACGGCGACGAUUUCGAGCUGACAUUUCAGUCGCGGAAUCAACAAUUGAUUGACAUGGACAAACGCGGUGAUUUUGAGAGAGAUGAUGAGGGUAGGAAUGGGAAUGAGAAUUACGCGCCGUUCGAUGUCGAAAACGGGGCUAAUGGAGGGAGGAGGAAUCAAAGUUUGGAGGAUCCUAAGACUGAUGCAUCAGCUGCUAAUGUGCUUAAAACUUUGUUUUUCAUCUGUGUUUGGUAUACUUUUAGCUUGUUUUUGACACUGUAUAAUAAAUCCCUAUUAGGGGAUCACAUGGGGAAGUUCCCAGCUCCCUUAUUGAUGAACACAUUUCACUUUGCUAUGCAAGCUGUUCUAUCUAAGGCUAUUACAUGGAUUUGGUAUGAAAGGUUUCAUAAAGGUGUACGAAUGACAUGGAGGGAUUACAUUUCGAAAGUUUUACCUACAGCUCUUGCAACAGCACUGGAUAUUAACUUGAGCAAUGCAUCGCUUGUUUUUAUCUCUGUUACAUUUGCCACUAUGUGUAAAUCCGCAUCUCCAAUAUUUCUCCUCGUCUUUGCUUUUGCUUUCAGGUUGGAGACUCCAAGUCUUAAACUUUUUGGAAUCAUUCUAGUCAUCUCAUUUGGAAUUCUAUUGACUGUUGCAAAGGAAACAGAAUUUGAGUUUUGGGGAUUUGUCUUUGUUAUGCUUGCUGCUGUUAUGUCUGGAUUCCGUUGGUGUAUGACACAAAUUCUUCUCCAGAAAGAGUCCUAUGGGUUAAAGAAUCCACUUACUUUGAUGAGCUAUGUGACCCCUAUCAUGGCUCUGGCGACUGGUAUAAUGUCCCUUCUGUUGGACCCAUGGCAUGAUUUUCCACAGAAUGAAUAUUUUAACAGCUCUUGGCAUAUCACAAGAAGUUGUUUGCUCAUGCUUUUUGGUGGUACUCUGGCCUUCUUCAUGGUACUAACGGAGUAUGUUCUAAUCUCAGUAACUAGUGCUGUCACUGUGACGAUAGCGGGUAUUGUUAAGGAGGCUGUCACCAUAAUUGUUGCUGUCUUUUACUUUCAUGAUGAUUUUACAUGGCUGAAAGGAAUUGGUCUUCUGACAAUUAUAUUUGGUGUGGGUUUAUUCAAUUGGUUCAAAUAUGAGAAGCUUCAGAAGGGCCAAGCCAAUGAUGAUGACGGGGAACAUUCAGUUACUACUAAUAUCCCUGCAAAAUAUGUCAUUCUUGAAGAGGUAGAGGAUCAAGAUGUUAUUUGAAAUCUCCUUUUUCUAUGAGGAUUCGCUGAAGAUCUCAAUUGCCAUAAGAGUCAACUUGUAAAAAGACCAUCAAGCAUUUUCUUGAGGCAUACUGUAUGUAUACAACUGAGUUUCUUUUCAACCUUCAUGUUGAACUGCUGGCAAAGCCUGCAGAUUUUGGUGGCCGAUAAAUUUGGGGCGAUCAAUUUUCAUGUCAGACAUGGACCUCCAGCUCAAACCAGUGGCUUCUGUCUGAACAAUUACACUGUCAAGCUGCUCGAUGUAUAUAUUCCCUGUACCCUUAUAGCUGUAUGUACUACUAAAGAUUAAAUUUUCACCGCCUUUUCAAUUUAGGCUGAAAAUCUUCCUAGCAAACUUCUGUACAUCAGUGACAUUGCCAAUUUUGUUACUUGCAAAAUACUGUAAUCUUCCAGAGAAGGUCUCAAUUAGGUUGCAGUGUAUUAGGAUAAAUAGCAUAACAUUCUUUUUGUGAAUCUCGACAGAUUGUCGAUUGUGCCAUUACAUGAUUGAGUUUGCGUAAA